UAUUGACUGAGUUGCCUUAUUAUGACUUUUUCUUAACCAAAUGUUCAAGAUUUUUCUGUCCUUCUCUCUCCGGAUAUAUAAUGAGUUACUUGGAAUUUGCAAAAGGAAAUAUUAGAUUUUAGUUUCAUUCAAAGACAGAAAAGAGAUAAAGAUCCAGUGAAAGUUGUUAUCUACCAUGGCUGGUUUGCAAAGAUCUGCAGUUUCUUUUAGGAGGCAAGGAUCUUCAGGGUUUGUUUGGGAUGACAGGUUUUUAUCAGAGUUAAACCAAGUGAAACAAGAACAACAAGAAGGAGAAACGAAGCAGCUACAGCAAGACGAACAAGGGCAGCUGCAAGACAAUAAGCCAGAAAAAAAUGAUGUUAUUAGGGAUGUUAAGCCGACAAGAAACGUUGGUCCAAUCAACACCAUCGAAAGAAGCCGAUCCGGCGGUGAAAGACGAGGCUACCGUACUGGUAAGGUGUCCCCUGCUACUGAGCCGCCUUCUCCAAAGGUCUCAGCUUGUGGUUUUUGCAUUGCUUUUGGAAAACAAGCCAAGAAUCAUCGGAAAACGCCUAGUAAGCGUAGAUGAAGAUAGGUUUUGUCAAUUCUUUUCUUGUAUUUUCCAGUGACCGGAGGUGGGAAUUCCGGUGAACUUGAUGGCUGGUAGUGGGUAUAUCGAUAUAUGUUUUUGUGGGGGGGGGGGGGGUGUUUAAAAUUCAAGUUUCACUCCAUCUUAAUGAACUGAGAUGUGGGAUUUCUACAAAAACAAAAAGAACAGGUUAUGGAUGGCUAUUUUUUUGGUGUUUAAAGUUUUGAUCCUUUCUUAUUCUAUUAAUGUUUCCUAUUUCUGUUUCAUUCAGAAUUUUGUGGUUUGGGUGGAUGUAAUUAAAUUAAUCUGUAAAUGUUAUAUUUAGUUGUUGUUGAGACAAUUUUCACUUGUACAAUAGGCAAAAUCUUGAUUCACACUCUUCUCUUUCUUUCCCAUAGUAAGGCAUCUUGGUUUGGUUUGAUCUACUUUUCCUUUUGUGUUUUCUUGAACAAGAACAAAAGUUUUUUCUUCUUUAAGAUUUUUUUCAAUGGGAAUGUGUAGUGGUACUAAAAUAGGUUUAAAUUUUCUCGAGUGUUGGGGAUCUUUAUCUCAAUUGUGGAAAAAGGGUAAUCUCUCCCCUGUUCUGUUCUGUUUUCUUUUGGCAGAAAAUAUCAGGAAUUCUAGGGAUCAUCAAACAGGGGAGAGUGGACCCUUGAAUCAGUUUGCCUCCACUUUGUUGUUUAUCCUUUUGCAAACAUUAAAGUCACUUCUUAGUUGUCUUAAUUUCCUUUUAAUUUAACCAAAUUAUUAGCAUCUCAUCCUCAGAGAUGUCCACUGGUUAGGAAGGGUAUUAAGGUUUGAUUAAUCUAAG